AUGGAAAUACAUUAGCUUCUAGUAGUAAUGAUAAGUCUAUCCGUCUAUGGGAUGUCAAAACAGGAUAAUAAAAAGUCAGAUUAGAUAGUGGUACUAGUUGGGUCUAAUCAGUCUGUUUCUCUCCUGAUGGUUAAAGAUUAGCUUCUGGUAAUUAUGAUAAAUCUAUCCAUCUAUGGGAAGUCAAGAAUGGAUAAGAAAUCAAAUCGUCCGAUAAAAAAUACAAAGAUAUUAUUAAAUAAUUUAAAAUUUAGCUCCAAUAAAAUAGUCAUUUUUCAGAAAGUAAUAUUUAUAUUUUAAAUAUUUAUAGUCUCCAGAUACCAAAAUUCACUUCUUAUAUCCAAAAUGGCAAUAUUCUAAAUUAAAGGAGCAUUAAUUCUGAAAGGAGAAUUUUCAAAUCAAUCAGGUAUCGAUUUAAAGACCAUAUUUAAACAAAAAGGAAGUUGCUUUUUAGAAGACUUAUAGUAAAAGUGA